GUAGUUCCUGGGUUUUUUUUUGCAUUCUUUAGCUUUCAGUCGAGCCAUCCGCUUUUACUCUGGUAAACCGGUCGCUGUCUGGAGUGUGCUGCCCUGUGUUUGGAGACCAGUUCUCGUGCCAAUAGUUCACCCCAGAGAAACCAGUGGUGUGUGUUUCCUGUGUGUGUGUGUGUGUAUGUGUGUGUGUGUGCGCGCAGCUCUGGUAACACUGAACAGGAAGACAGACGCAGAGCAACGUCUGGAGUGAGAGAGGAAACUGCUGUGGGUUCCGCAUCGGCCUCAGAAUGACUGAGUUCUGGGUUUGUUUCAGCUGCUGCAUUGCAGAGCAGCCACAGCCUAAGCGGCGGCGACGGAUUGAUCGAUCCAUGAUCGGCGAGCCAACAAACUUUGUUCACACCACACAUGUAGGCUCUGGCGACAUGGGCCUGGGUUUGGCAGCGGUGGACCUUGUUCAGGCCCAGAUGAAGUCUAAAGGGGGCUACACACACGGAGGGUCUGAAGGUUCGCAGUUGUAACAAGCCCUCUUGUGGAAACUACUGUUGUUGAUAUGAGGAAUCCUUUUUAAAAAGCAGUUCUGUCUAUAAUGGAUGCAGGACCAAAAGAUGAAACUACUGCUUUUUCAUAAUGUUGUGUAUAUAUUUUUAUUUUCCAUUCUUUCUUUUUUUUAUGAAAGCACUGCUAUCAUUUGCUGCCAUACUGUUGCACUGUAAAGAUUAACUGCUAGAAGUCGGUAAAGGGGGUUUAGAAAGCUCAUAAAUGUCAGUGAGACGGAUGCUUGUGUGCGUGUAUGAGGACGAUAUUUUCCAUUGUAGCCCAUUUGGAUGCCUAUAUUUAUUAUCUGAUGUGUAAACGGACCUCAUGGUGGCUGGGCCACGCUGGAGAUUUGGAACAUUCAGCUUCCGUCUUUACUCUCAGAGGUUUAUCAGAGGACAGGUAGCAGAUAACAAGGCAAAAUGCGAUGUCUUCACUGUUCAUUCUCUGAGUUACUUUCAGGGUUGAAGAUCGCUGUUUUGUAAUAAACUUGAAAUGUGUCGAGUACACUGGACCACUCACACUUGCUUAGGAAUUUGGCAUUGAGUUCAGCUUUUUUUUUUUUUUUUAAUAUACUCAUUUAGAUUAAAUCAUAGAAUUUUAAUAAACUAUGACGUUCAUAAUCUGCCUUGUGAAGUCAUGUUCAUUUGUUUUACUAGUGUAGUUUGUACCAAGCUUACUGGUUUCUAGAGACUCAUUAUCUUCUUUUCAAAGGAUGUGCACCAACUGUAGAUUAAGAAUCAGUUUGGACAAAGCCGGGUUGCCACUGCGCACACCGCCACAGGUGUGGGUUAGGCUUGCAACACUUAGUUUACCUUUUACCAUCACAUCCUUUCUGGUUCAUUGCAUCUGCUUUUCUUUGCCAGGACAGUUUGUGUUACAUUCUGUCUUGUCACAGUGUCUUGGACAUUAAAUAAUUUUUUUAAGUUAUUUUUCGGCAGAGAUGAUUUUGUCCUCGGAGGUCUCAGUAGUUUUGUGCUUCUUCGAAAAUCCAAACACAAACAUGGUACCCAGUCCAUUCAGCCUAAUUGGACCCACUUUAGCAGCAGUGUUAAGAGAUGUUUUCAUGUGAUGCCAACAUAAUUUUGUCUAAAAUGUUUAUUAUGACAAAGUGUUAAACCUCCUUCUCACCCACUACUGACAUUCAGUUGAGUUAUUUCUACCUGUUUAUUGUAGCUGGGAUAAAUAAAUGCAGCUAUUAUUGCCUGAUUGUUGUGGUUGUCAGUUAUGUUAGUGAUCAGACUGGAGUUAAAAUCCCUCUUUAUAUCCUGGCAGGUGCCAUUUCUCAUCCCUCAGUACUGUAAUCCACAUGUCUGAACCAGGCUCUUUUGAAAAUAUAAAUGACAAAGGUCAGAGGCCUGGAUCUGUUAAUGUAUGUGAUUGUUUGUCCUCCAUGUUCAUCUUGUGAUUCUGCCACAGAAUGUGAAGUUAAUCAAAGGUCUAUGAAGAUUAGUGUGAAACAGUUUAUGAUACACAAUGGAUUAUUGGCUGUUGGUACCAGGCAACAUAAAAUACUGGAUAGAAGAAGCCUCACAGACAUAGCCACAUUAUUUAGUCUAAAGCUGCUGAUAGCCACUCUCCCAACAUUUAUUCACAGAUUUAACAAUGUGAUUCAUCAGGCUGAGACACUGUCACAGAGAGCUGAUGUUAAGUGUUUCUGUAGUCAUUCCUGUGUGAAGAAACAUCCACGUAUGUGUAGCCCACUUAGUUUUCCCAGGUCCUGGCUAAAUGCUGUGGCAUGUGCAGACAUGCUGGGGCUGCAGUACGUUAUGUGACCAACAGGCUAGUGCUCGUGGACUUGUUGAAUGUGACUUUAAAAAUGUUUCCUCCGGGGAUUCCUGUCACAGGACUUGUUAUUAUGAUGAUGCUGUAAAUGUGUAACAUAAAAUGAAUGGAUCCAUGGUUUAUAUGUAUUCAGGGUCAUACAUAUUUUUGGUUACUUUUCUGUAUACCAUUGCAGGGAAGGUAGAGGCAGAGCAGCAUUGUUUUUCUCAGGAUCUGCUGAUAUGUAGUUCCCACUUUAAGGGAAUGUUAUCUGCCUUUUUCCUGCAUUUUCAGAAUAAA